AGUUGUAUGUUAUAUUUUGAAAAAUAGCACCCAUUUUAGAAUAGGGAAGGAGACCUCUUCAAAUCAUCCUGAUUCAUCUAGUCCCGACGAAUUUGACAGAGUAAUAAAGUUUUUGAUGGAUAAUGGUGUUGUAAUAAAUGGCUGUAGCAUAAAUGGAUCAACACUUCUCGGCAUUGCUUGUGAAUACGGAUUUGAUGAUACUGCUCAAAAGUUACUAAGUUGUGGUGCCGAUGUCGAAUUUUGCAAUGAAAAUGGAGAUUCUCCAUUGCAUUGGGCGUGCAAAACUGGACAUAGCAAUAUUGUUAAACUGCUUUUAAACAAAAAUGUGGACAUAAAUAUGUGUAACAAUGACGCAGAAAGUCCCCUUCUUAUUGGGUGUCAAAACGGAUUUGAGAGUCUUGUUAAGAUUUUGCUUGAUAAUGGAGCCAAUGUUAAUUUAUGUAAAGUAAAUAACAUAAGUCCACUUUAUGUAGCUAGUCGCACUGGACACAAUGGUAUCGUAAAGCUUUUGAUUGAAAAUGAAGCUGAUGUCAAUUUAUGCAAUACAAAUGGGGCAGGUCCUCUCUCUGUUGCUUGUCAAAAUGGACAUUUUAGCAUUGUAGAACUUUUAUUGAGUAAGCAACAAGAUGUAAAUGUAUGCAUGAAAGACGGAACAAGUCCUCUCUUCAUGGCUUGUCAUGGAGGUCAUAUCAGUUGUGCUCAGCUUUUACUGAACGCAGGCGCUGAUACUCAAUUGAGUGUAAGACAGGCUGUAUCACCUCUUCAUAUAGCUUGUCAAAACGGACAUUACAGUAUUGUUAAACUAUUGCUUGACUUUGGUGUGGAUAUGAAGAUGUGCAUGGAAGCAAAACCAAAUCCAAUCAAAAUAGCUUCUAACAGAGGACAUUACAACAUUGUCCAACUUUUAAUGGAACACUGUCGCACUAAUUUGUAAAAAACUUAAAAAACACUUUUGCAAAAUAAAUAAAUGACAUUGAAUAAAAAAUUGGCGGCAAUUUAAGACAUCGGUCUUUCAUGCUUCGAUUGAUCGUUUCUAAAAAUAUAGAUGUUUUUAAACUCGUUGCAAUAUUCUGUUUAGUGUUAUAUCCUUACAAUUUUUUAUUUCAAAGUAAAACAUCCAUACGUUCAAUCAGAAUAACCAAAAGCUUUUAAAAAGAGAAAAUGUUUAUAAAAAAAUGAUAUAGUUGACGUUUAUAGAGGAGGCUAUUUGUUUUUACAAUGGUUGA